UUUACAUUUUGGAGCGGCUAAAAUUUCUGCAAAGUCUGCAGUUUUUGACUAAAAUUUAACAGAAAAAUAGCAUUUUCACGUGGUUUACUGCAUUUUUAUCUUCUGGAGACUGAAAAUUCGUGGCGAUUUUACAUUUUUUGACUGAAAUACGAUUUCUUUUCAAGUUUUACGAGCAAAACUUGAAAAUGACCAAUUAAGUUCCUUAAAAAACAAAAAAGUUCCUUAUUAGCAACAGUACCGUUUGAAAGUACGAUAACACGUGCAGCAAAAUGGAUUUUUUCCUGAAAAUAUUUUACCCAACUUGGUAUGCCGAAAGAGAGCACGAGAAAAAUUUGAAAGAAUUAGAAGAACUUGAACGACAGCUUCAACCAGACGAGCCAGAAGAGAAGGAUGAAUAUAAUGCGGAAGAUCCCGUCGGCUUAAUUACCUCAGAUGAAACCAAAUUUUUUCGAAUUGAAGGCACAGUGACCGAAUUGAAUACGCGAAAUGGCAUCAUCGAUAACAAAUACAUUUUUUCCAUGAAUUGCGUGGAUAACAGUGUGGCUGAUUACAUCAAACCGGGAUCGAAAGUGCUUUAUCUGGCAGAAAAGGACGAUGAAACUGGACAACGUGUGAUUCGCAUUGAGGAAUUGAAAGAUGAAUUUGAUGAUUGUGAUCCACGCGAUGACUUUGAGAUGCUAAAAGCCACAAAACCCCAGUAUUUCAAAACAUUUAAGAAGACAUUUUGCGGACGUGUUGACGUCAAAAAGGAAAAUUACAUCAUCGUUGACGAAGGCUCGCAAUACCAACGCGAAAUUGACUUGGCCAGUGUCAAAAUGAAGAAUGGCUAUGUUCCAUGUGUCGGCGAUCGCAUCAAAAUUGACGCUGAGGUCGAAAUGAGCGACGCAUUCCUUGACUUUGAGGGCGAAACGGUUACCUACCUCGCCAUUUAUCCAAAUCGUUUUCGCGAAAAUCGUCAAGGCACGAUCCGUUCGAUUUACGAGGAGAGCGGAUUAAUUGACGACCGAUACAUUUUCCACAAAAACUCGCUAGAUUCGGGUUACCAGCCACAAGUUGGUGAUGUUGUGAGCUUUAGUUGCCUCGAAAGUGAUCAGAUUUACAAAAAUCAGCAAUAUCAUUGGCGUGUCGUGAAAAUCGAAUUGCUGCAAUCUUGCGAGGAAACGAUGAUCAGUCGCUUGCAAAAGAGUCGUGAAGUGGAUACGGUCAAGAAAGGCAUGAAAGUCCUUUUUGAGAAGCUGGAAUUUUUCUUUGAGAUUGAAGGAGAAUCUAAAACGAAGAGUUUUAUUUUGGAGAACUUCAGUAAUCGUCCUUUUGUCUUGAAUACCGUGAAAAUUUUGGGAGCCAAGAGACACUCGCAAUGCGAAAUUCUCGAAAGUGAUGAUCCAGUCGAAAUUCUGCCGGAAAAGCAGUUGCAGAUCAAAAUUAAAGCUACAGCUCAAAGUUUCGGGACACAAAGUGAAACAAUUCGCUUCUAUUUCGACGGAUUCGUUUUGCACGGAACCAUCGAAGUGAGUUUGCUGGAUACGAAAAACUUUGGAAUUCAAACUCCUUCAUGUCCGAUGUACAAGAACAAGCAAUACACUCGAAAUGUGUACAAAAAUCGCGAAGUAGUCCCGGGCGAAAAGAGUUGCGUUGCUCCGCGUUUCAUUGCGAAACGGUUUCCCGCUUAUGAAGUUCCCGAUGCCCUCAAAGAAAUUGUCCUGCAAAACGCCCCGCAUCGUGACAUCAUGGAACAACUUGAAAAUUGGCGUUCCUGUUUGGCGGAAAAUGUCAAUCAACACAAUUAUGUCAUCCGUUUUCGCAUUCUUGGACAUUUGGAGGAAAUUCAACAUUUUCACAACAUGCGCACAUACGACAAGGAACGCGCUCACUUUUUGCGGGACGGCGAAUAUCUCGUACUCGUGAUCGAUGGUUUGGCAGAACGGCGUCCCUCGUUGUGCAUCGGAGACAGUGUCAUCGCGAGUUGUCCUUACAUGAACUCGAAUAAGCCCGAAUAUGAGGGUUGCAUUCACAAAGUCAAGCAAGAUCGGAUUUAUUUGAAAUUUUGUGCUGCCUUUCAUGAAACUUAUAACGGCGAAGAUUGGCGCCUCUUUUUCAAAGCAUCGCGAGCGAAAUUCCGUAAAACGCAUGAAGCAUGUGAUCGUGCCUUUAAAGGUCUCAAAGCAGAUUUCUUCUUUCCCGCUAAAAUAACGCCACGAGUACCACGUUUGCCGGUCGAAUUGAGAGAUGGCGAUUUGUACAUGGAGGGAUUUACGAAGGUUCAUCGAUGGUUCAAUCGGAAUUUGAAUCAGGUACAAAAGGAAGCGGUUGUUAAUGUGUUGCGUGGAGAGGCGAGACCUUUGCCGUACAUUAUAUUUGGCCCUCCUGGUACCGGAAAGACCAUGACGCUAGUUGAAAUAAUUUUACAAAUUGCUCUCAUCAGUGAUUCCCGAAUUCUGGUUGGCGCUCCCUCGAACAGCUCUGCAAAUUUGCUCACCGAACGUCUCUUGCAAAAUCAAGUUUUAAUUCCUGGAGACUUUAUUCGUGUCGUCAGUUACAACUUGAUUGAAAAAGAAUUGAUUCCCGAUCAUCUCCGUCCGUAUUGCUGCACCGUUGACAUCGCCAUGGAACGCACCGUCAUCGAACAAGACAUUGUCACGGAAAACGGAUUAAAACUCAAAGUUCCUUUAUCUUCGUUGAUUCACAACAAAAUCAUCAUAGGUACUUGCGCUUCCUUGGGCAACUUGAUGUUCCUUGAUUUUCCCGACGAUCAUUUCACCCACGUCAUAAUCGAUGAAGUCGGUCAAUUGGUCGAACCAGAAUGUAUGAUUCCGAUUUCCUUUUUGAAACGUGACGAAGGACAGAUUAUUAUUGCUGGCGAUCCACAACAACUCGGACCAAUUGUUCUAAGUCGCUUCGCAAAUCAACGAGGUUUGGCAAAAUCCUUUUUGUGUCGCAUGAUGGAACAAUCGCCGUACAUCAAAGAUCGCGAUCGAUUCCGCAAGGGAUACAACGAGCAACUAGUUACACAACUUGUGUACAAUUAUCGAUCCAUUCCAAGUAUUCUUUCCGUGUACAGCGACUUAUUUUACGGAGGCACGCUCAAACCCAUGAUUAGCAACGAUCCAAAGUGUCCGGAAAUCCAAAAGUUACUUGACAUGCAAGACGCCCUCAAAGACAUUGGGAAAUUCUACAAUGGCGAACAGCCUUUCUGUGGUGUCCAUUUCGUACCCGUUAACGGUCGCAACCAACAAGAACCUCAUUCCCCCUCGUGGUUCAAUGCCACCGAGGCACGUCAAUUGACUGCAUUUGUCGCAAAACUCUUAAAAUGCGGCAUCGAUUCGUCCGAAAUUGGCAUAAUAACGCCGUACCAGCAACAAGUGAAAAUUAUCCGGGAAGUUUUGCAGCCCUAUGGUUUGCGUGAAUUACCGAAAAUUGGUUCGGUAGAAGAAUUCCAAGGACAAGAACGAAAUGUCAUCAUCAUUUCGACUGUACGAACGUCCGAAGACAAGCUGGAAUAUGACAGAAAGUAUACUCUUGGAUUCGUGAAGGACUCAAAACGAUUGAAUGUCGCAAUUUCACGUGCCAAGUCACUGGUUAUUAUUUUUGGAAGUCCAAAGAUUUUGACUUGUGACCCAAAUUGGAAGUACGUGAUACGUUAUGCGGCCGAAAAUGGUACUUACCAUGGAAAUUACAGUGAUUUAGGAUUAAACGUUGAAUAUGAGCAUGACUCAAAAAUUGUUCGUGCCAAUGGUGCCAUGAAACAAAACAUUUAUGUAGAUGAAUAACUUUAAAUUUUGAUCAAAUUACCAUUAAAUAAAUAAACAAAGUAUUUUUGUUA